AUGGUAAUGAAAGACAUAAUCUGCAAAAUCCAAGAAGGCGAGCCCACUGCGUGGGUCAAUAGCCUUGUGUACAGAAGGAAGUCUAACGGGAAACUCCGCUUGUGCCUGGACUCCAAGGACUUGAAUGCUGCAAUCAAAAGAGAACAUCAUGUCACGUCAACUCUAGAAGAGAUUCUACCAAAGCUAAGUGGAGCUCAAGUAUUCUCAAUCGUUGUUGCAAAGUGCGGAUACUGGAAUGUUGUCUUCGACGAGGAGUCCAGCUAUCUUACAACGUUUAAUUCACCAUAUGGCCRCUAUCGAUUCAARCRUAUGCCGUUUGGUCUUAAGAUGUCCCAAGACAUUUUCCAAACUCGGAUUGACCAGACCUUUGAAGGAUGCAACGGUGUAAUCGGCAUCGCGGACGACAUUGUGGUAUAUGGAGAUUCGGAAGCAGCUCAUGACAGCAACAUUCACGCAAUGAUUGAAAGAUGCCAAAAAACUAGCUUAAAGCUAAACCCCGACAAAUGCUUCAUUAAACAAAACGAAAUAAAGUUCUAUGGGAUUAUAUGCACUAAGGAUGGCAUCCGGCCAGACCCAAGCAAGGUAUCAGCCCUUAAACAGAUGGGACCUCCUACAAGUAAGCAGGAAGUAAAAACUUCCCUAGGCUUAGCCAAUUACAUGGRUCCUUUUAUUCCAAACUUGAGCACCUUAACAGCACCACUGCGAGAGUUAGUCACUGAAAAAACACCAUUCUGCUGGAAUGCUACGUACCAAGAAGCUCUCGACAAAAUCAAAGAGUCCAUAAGUAAAGAAGUAACUCUGACUUACUUCGACCCAAAGAAACCAACAGUCCUCCAAGUGGACUCCUCGCUUAAAGGCUUAGGCGCAAGCUUGCUACAAGACAAGAAACAUGUUGCUUUCGCAAGCAAAGUCUUGACUGAUACAGAGAAACGUUAUGCCAACAUUGAAAGAGAGAUGCCCGCCGUCGUCUAUGGUUGUGAACGGUUCCAUACCUACCUGUUUGGUCGCAGCUUUACGGUUCAUUCAGACCACAAGCCUCUAGAAAGUAUACACCUUAAGGACCUGACAGCGGCCCCAGCAAGACUUCAACGGAUGCUCCUCAGAUUACAGCCAUAUGAUCUCGUGAUAAAGUAUCAGCCUGGGAAGACAAUGGAGAUUGCAGGAAACGAAAUCAGAGGCAUGGAUGUCCAGAUMCAUCAAAUAUUUCCCCAAUUCAGCAGCAACAUGAUUCAGAGAAUCCAACAGACCACAAGAGACGAUCCGGAACUUACAGUCCUGAAAGAACAGACAUACACCGGAUGGCCAUCAGACAUUAAGAGUGUUCCCAACCUCAUCAAACCAUACUGGCCAUUCAGAGAUGAAAUAACGAUAGAAGACGGGUUGGUAAUGAAACGACACAGAAUCAUUAUCCCGAAAGACUUACAGGAUGAAGUUCUCUCCAAAUUACAUGCUUCACAUCAAGGUACAGGAAAGACAAAAUUACGUGCUAGAACUGCCGUCUACUGGAAAGAUCUGAAGAAGGACAUUGACAAUAUGACCAAAACACGCAACAUUUGUCAAGAGUUACAGGAUAAGAAGACAAAAGAGCCACUAGUGCCAACAGAAGUCCCUCCGCGACCUUGGCACAUUAUGGGAACCGACCUGUUUUACCUCGAUGGAUCCGAGUACCUACUCGUCGCAGAUUAUUACUCCAAAUUCCCUUUUGUCAGAAAGAUUCCGCAAGGCAAGAGUACUAGUGAAACAGUCAAGACAACCAAGAAAACCCUGAAAAAGGCUAAAGAAACAAAUACGGAUCCUCACAUUGCAMUUAUGUGUCUCMGAAGUACCCCUAUUGAYAGCAAGCUACAAUCACCAGCUGAGCUACUUCUCGGAAGAGCAAUACAKGACAAUCUACCGAGAAGAAUCCAAAGAUCUAAUAACAGUGACGAUGUCAUARACAGUCUGCAAUACAGACAAGAGCAACAGCGCUACUAUCAUGACAGAAGUUACAAGCCCCUAGYAAAUCUCCUCCCAGGCCAGCACGUUCGUAUACAGGAUCCAACAACUUACCAGUGGAAACCAGCUGUAGUCAAGGAGAAGCUGGAAGACCUCCCUCGCUCAUACAAAGUAACAACACCAGCAGGCAGAGAGUUACGACGCAACCGCCAGCACGUUAGGGAAGCACCAACAUCCUCUAAUGAUGAAUUGUCUAGUUAUUCAAGCUCCAUGCCAUCAAACCCAACAGCAGGCACGAAUGAAACGGACCAAGGUCAGACCAAGCCACAAGUCACUACCCGAAGUGGACGUUCAGUAAAACCACCAGACAGAUACGGAUUCACAGGACAUUGA